ACCCCCACAGGGACCCCCCCCCGAGGCCCCGGUCCUGGCCAUUCACCGUCAGCGGCUCCACGUGCCCUGUGAGGCCGGGCUACUCCUCAGGAAAGUCCGGGGCCUCAGGCCCGGGGAUGGGCUCCGAGAGGCCCCGCUGGGCGGCGGCGGGGGGCGGCCCCAGGAAGGUCACCCACCCGGUGAAAGCCGUGCUGGCAGGUGGAAUUGCUGGUGGAAUUGAAAUUUGUAUCACAUUUCCAACCGAGUACGUGAAAACACAGUUACAGCUUGAUGAGCGAGCAAAUCCUCCACGUUAUAAAGGCAUUGGUGACUGUAUCCGAGUGACCAUCCGGGAUCACGGGCCUAAAGGACUUUACCGUGGCCUCAGCUCCCUGCUGUAUGGUUCCAUUCCAAAAUCAGCUGUCAGGUUUGGGACGUUUGAAUUUCUACAUAGCAGAAUGGUUGAUGCGAAUGGGAAGCUGAGCCAUGGGAGGAGCUUUCUGUGCGGCUUGGGAGCUGGAAUAGCUGAAGCUGUGUUUGUUGUGUGCCCAAUGGAGACAAUAAAGGUGAAAUUUAUUCAUGACCAAUGUUCACCCAAUCCUAAAUACCAGGGGUUUAUCCAUGGUGUCCGAGAGAUUAUUCAGGAACAAGGUUUUCGAGGGACAUACCAGGGGGUGACAGCUACCGUCCUCAAACAGGGCUCAAACCAAGCAAUUCGCUUCUUUGUGAUGACCACACUACGCAACUGGUAUAAAGGUGACGAUCUGCACAAACCAAUCAAUCCAUUUGUCACAGCAGCGUUUGGAGUUACUGCUGGAGCAGCUAGUGUUUUUGGGAAUACCCCUCUGGAUGUUGUAAAGACAAGGAUGCAGGGCCUUGAGUCUUUGAAGUACAGGAAUACUUUGGAUUGUGCACUUCAGAUCUUUAAAACAGAGGGAUUAUUUGCGUUUUACAAAGGAACAAUCCCACGUUUGGGCAGAGUGUGUUUGGAUGUGGCCAUUGUCUUUGUUAUUUAUGAAGAGGUUGUCAAAAUUCUCAACACGAUCUGGAAGACUGACUAAGGAGAGUUACACACAUACAGCACAGCCUGACCCUUACAUCUCUCUCUCUCUCUCAUGUUCAGUACUACACCAUUAGGUCAACCUUCCUGUCACCUUCACUUGUCAAAGUGCAUCAUAACCAGGUUAAAGUAGACUAAUUAAUGAUCAGAAUUGACAUUGUGGAUGUUUGGGGGAUGUUUGAUGUAGGGAAAUGCCAAUGGGUUAAUUAUUUCCAUUUGCUCAUCUGUUCCCACUGUUUCUCUCCCUUAUCCCUUUUCCUGUGGAAUGUAUAUUUGGAAGGUGUCCCUGUUCUUUGACUUUUUUGGGAUAGUUUGCUCCUGAGAGCUGGAUCGGAGGGGCCUGGCCAGAGGCAGCACGGUGAAGCAGCUCCACUCUGUGCCUUACACUGUGUCAAACCUGCGACUGAUCCUGUUCUCAUCAUCCUCCUUCAAGGGCCUUUAUAUGGUUUGUUUAAAAGUGUUUUUCCUGCAUCCUACAGGUACUGUGUUUUUAAAACAAUUAGUAUGCAUGUUGAAUUUUCUAAAUACAGGAUUGGAGUUGGGUCUGUCCAAUGGCCCAGUCUCCCUGGUGCCAUCACUACUACUACUUGGUGUUUCUGGCAGGGAUCUCUCUCUCUCUCCGAUGUGUUCACAGACGUCACCUUUGUGCUGCAGUUUUCCCAUGGUCAGCAUUUGGUUUCAUGGAAUCACUGGGGGUCACAGGAAAUCCAUUCAUCAGUGGGACCCGGGUGAACAACUGGCUGAUGUAAUCUUCUUUGAUUCUGUCAUGGGAUGUGGGCACUGCUGACCAGGCCUAGCAUUUAUCGCCUGUCCCUAAUUGCCCAAGUGGCAAGUAAG